UCCGGUCCUGUGGCAGUCACUUCCGGGGGCUCGUAGCACCUCCUCCGAGAGGCUGGCAGUACUCUCAGAACUGCUGCCGCAUUUUUGGAUCGAAGACCCCUGAGGAAACUGGAUGGGGCGGCCACCCCUGCGUUGCGGGCGAUGCUCGGGGACGAUUCCGGUUCCCAGGAACAUGAAGCGAAGGCCGCCGGAGCUGCCGGCUUGCCACCGCCGCCUGCCAUAGACUUCCCCCAGGAGGAGUCGGACAUUCGAUAUGAUGAAUCUGAUGUUCCUGCAGAACUCCAAGCUGUGAGAGGACCUCUACCACAUGCGACUUUUCCCUCAUCAGUUGCAAACCAACUAUUGCUUGUUUCUUUGUUAGAGCACUUGAGCCAUGUGCAUGAACCAGACCCUGAUCGUUCAAGACAGGUGUUCACAUUACUUUGUCAGACCUUUACCAAAAUGGGACUCUUGUCUUCCUUCGCCUGCAGUGAAGAAUUUAGUUCUUUGAGGCUGCAUCACAACAAAGCUAUUACUGAAUUAAUGAGAAUAGCUAAGCAGAGAGUUCUUGAGGCUCAGCAUGAAGAGUACCCAUAUGUCCAUAAAGUCAGAGCAAAAGAAGUUGUCUUUGAAGCACAAACAUCUCGUUAUCUAAAUGAGUUUGAGGAAAUUGCUGUUUUAGGAAAGGGCGGGUAUGGGAAAGUAUACAAGGUCAAGAACAAAUUAGAUAGGCAAUUUUAUGCAAUUAAAAAAAUUCUGAUUAAGAAAGCUACUAAAAAGGAUUGUAUGAAGGUACUUAGGGAGGUGAAAGUGCUGGCGGGUCUGCAACAUCCUAACAUUGUAGGCUAUCACACAGCUUGGAUAGAACAUGUUCAUUCAACCCAGCCACAAGAUGAAAGACUUUCUGUUGUCAAGUUGCCAUCUCUCCAGUUGGUAUCUGAUGAGACAGAGGACAGAGAUCAAUAUCAUGUUCAAAGUGAUGAAGGUAGUAGCUCAUCCAUUAUUUUUGCUAAUUUAGACUCAGAAAAAGAAAAAUCCUUUGCAGAAACUUGGAUUGACAGUCAGAAUAACAAGUUAGUAAACUAUACUGAUUUGAUCACAAGAGAUGCCAAUGAAUAUGAAUCACAAGAAAAUUGCUUAGUGAAUACAUCUGCUAGAUCACUUGUUAAGCAUCAUAUGCUGCAAGAGAAUAAUUCCUACCUAGAGGAGAAUUUUAUAUCCAAUGAAGAAUCUUCUGAAGAAAAUUUAGCCUUGCUUGGCCAGACUGAGGUGAGGUAUCAUCUCAUGCUCCAUAUACAGAUGCAGCUAUGUGAAAUCUCUCUUUGGGACUGGAUUACUGAUCGAAAUAAAAAUAAGGGAUCAUCUGUAGAUGAACCUUCCUGUCCUUAUGUUAUGGGCAGUGUUGCAACAAAAAUUUUUCAAGAGCUAUUGGAAGGUGUUUGUUAUAUACAUAACAUGGGAGUGGUACAUAGAGAUCUCAAGCCCAGAAAUAUCUUUCUUCAAGGCCCCAACCAUCAUGUAAGAAUUGGAGAUUUUGGUUUAGCUUGUACAGACAUCAUUGAGAAAGACACAGAAUGGACCAGUAGAAAUGGAAAAAGACUGACACAUACUUCAAGAGUGGGUACUAGUCUGUAUGCUUCACCAGAACAGUUGCAAGGAUCUGAAUAUGAUGCCAAGUCAGACAUGUAUAGUUUGGGCGUGAUUCUUCUAGAGCUCUUUCAGCCAUUUGGAACAGAAAUGGAAAGAGCAGAAGUAUUAACAGGCUUAAGAAAUGGUCAGAUUCCAGAAUCACUUAGCCAAAGAUGUCCAAUACAAGCCAAGUACAUAAAGCUGUUAACUAGAAGUAAUUCUUCAGAGCGACCAUCUGCUGGACAGCUACUGGAAAGUGAACUUUUUCAAAAUCCUGGAAAUAUAAAUUAUGUGCUACAGAAGAAAGUAGUUGAACAAGAAAAAGAAAUUGAAAAACUCAAGGAAACUAUAAGACUUCUUUCUCUGGGAAAAAGUAUAAAGGAAGACAUGAAAGAAAGUGAGGGCUCUCCAGUCUGAUCCUGAUAAUUCUGCAUAAUAAUGGGCACAAUAAUUUUUAAAGAAGUAUUUGUUGUUAAUCUUGUUGGAUCUUUUGGAAUACAAAUGUUUUACAAAUUUGUGUAUGGUUGGGGCUGUUCAUGUUUUUGGUACAGGUUUUAGUUUUCUUAAUCUGUUAUGUACAAAGUAACAUUAAAAUCAAGGUUUAAAACCUGUUAUGUUUUUA